UGUAUCACCGUGAUUGUUCAUAAUGCAGGACCGACAAACGUAUUCCACUCAUCGAGCUGUUUGCCGGAUCACAACCAUAAUUCCAAUCGGCUCACCGGGCUGUUUGCUCACGCAUGAUACCAAAGGCUAGCCUGUCCGCCGCAUUCGUGGCAGCGCGAAGAGAGGGGUACAGAAAUACCUGAAGACAACACACAGGCGUCAUAAAUUUAUUAUAUGUCCCAUUUCUGCCUGAUGGUAUCCCAAUAUUCCCAUUGUUUUCCAAUUGCUCUGUAAUUACGCUCGAAAUAUUUGCAUGCAUUGAGAUCGAUCAAGAGAAGAGACCUAUCAGAAUGCCCGAAUCACGAUCUCGAGAACCACUGGUAUGGAUCGAUUGCGAGAUGACAGGGCUCGACAUAUCCAAAGACACUAUCAUGUCGCUCGCGUGCUUCGUCACCGACUACGAAUUGAAUAUGCUUGACGAGACUGGAUACGAAGCUGUCAUCUACCAUUCACAAGAGCAACUGAACGGCAUGGGAGAGUGGUGUCGCGAUCAUCACGGUGCAUCCGGCUUGAGUGCAGCGUGUCUGGCUUCGACAACCACUGCUGAGCAGGCCUCAGACGAACUUUACCAGUAUAUUCUCAAAUUCGCGCCGGAGCGUAAACGUGCCUUGCUCGCAGGCAACACUGUCCACGCCGAUAGAACAUUUCUCGCCCAGGAACCUUGGCGCAAAGUCGUAUCUCAUCUUCACCAUCGCUUACUUGAUGUCUCUGCCAUCAAAGAAGCAGCGAGAAGGUGGGCGCCGGAAAAUAUCUUGAAACGUUCCCCAGGAAAGGCUGGCAAACAUGAAGCCAAAGCGGAUAUCCUCGAAAGUAUUGCAGAGGCAAAAUAUUACAAGAAAGUGUUCUUCGCGCCGGAUGAGCAAUGAAAUUAUCGAAAAUUUGUCCUCUCAUUGCAUGAAGAUCGUGAUCGUACGAGUUCGUCCUGUAUAUCAACAUGUAAUGAUUUUUGGAAGACGUCCACAACAUUUGAAUAUCUGGAAUGGGUAUGGUAAUCCAUAACAAAAAAAUCCCUGGA